CUGCCCGGGGAGUCACACUCGGCCGCCGCCGCCGCCGGCGCAGCGAGCGGAGACGGGCCGGGCCGCGGCGACCUGACCUGGACGAGCGGCGCCGGGGCCCAGGCGGGGGGCGGGAGGAAGCGCCGGCAGCGCCUGCAGCCGGCCCGGCGGAGCCGAGCGGAGUGGGGACACGGGCGGGGCCGCCGCAGCUCCGGAUGGGACCAGCGCCCUGGGCCCGUUAGUCCGAGCUGGAGCUCCGGAGCAGCCUUCCCUGGGAGAGUUGCCCCUGCCUUUCUCCGCCCUCCGGCCGGGCCUUGCUUCGCUGCCCGCCUGCCCAUGUCCCCGUCCUUCCGCGGGGCGGGCGCCCUCCCACCUUACCCCGUGGUCCACCUUCGCGCCGCUCUCUGCCCUCCUAACCCCUCCAGCUGCGACGGCCCCCCGGGCCUUUCCUUUGGACCGGCCUCCCCCCCGGCCCCCACCCCAUCGCAGCCUCGGAUGCCCUUUUCCUUCUUAACUUUGGAUCCAGAAGCCGACUUCACCCCACGGCCCCCAUCCCAGUGGCAGCCCCUCGGCCCCUCCCUCCUCCCGCCACCCCGCUCCUAGUCCUCAGCCCUCACCCACCCCGGGGCCCUCCAUCCCCCCUCUCCCCCCACCACUGUGCUCCCUGCCUGCCUGGCUCGCCCUCUCCUCUCCCCUGGCCUGGCCGUCGUCCCCGGUUCCAGGCUGGGUGGUGCUCGGGCCUGCAGGGUAGGCCAGGGUGGCCCCCGGUUCUGGGGCCGGCGGGGCUGCUGCUUCCUCCCCAUGGCACUGCCAUCACUCCUGCUAGUGGUGGCAGCCCUGGCAGGUGGGGUGCGUCCUCCCUUGGCUCGGAACCUGACGCUGGCGGUGGUGCUGCCAGAACACAACCUGAGCUAUGCCUGGGCCUGGCCCCGGGUGGGUCCGGCGGUGGCACUAGCCGUGGAAGCGCUAGGCCGGGCACUGCCCGUGGACUUGCGGUUUGUCAGCUCCGAACUAGAUGGCGCCUGCUCCGAGUACCUGGCACCCCUGCGCGCUGUGGACCUCAAGCUGUACCAUGACCCCGACCUCCUGCUGGGCCCCGGGUGCGUGUACCCCGCCGCCUCUGUGGCCCGCUUUGCCUCCCACUGGCGCCUUCCCUUGCUGACGGCGGGGGCAGUGGCCUCUGGUUUUGCGGCCAAGAGUGAGCAUUACCGGACCCUGGUGCGCACCGGCCCCUCCGCGCCCAAGCUGGGUGAGUUCGUGGUGACGCUACACGGGCACUUCAACUGGACGACCCGCGCGGCCCUGCUGUAUCUGGACGCUCGCACGGACGACCGGCCUCACUACUUCACCGUGGAGGGCGUCUUCGAGGCCCUGCAGGGCAACAACCUCAGCGUGCAGCACCACGUGUACGCCCGUGAGCCUGGGGGUCCCGAGCAGGCCACCCACUUCAUCCGGUCCAACGGGCGCAUUGUGUACAUCUGCGGCCCUCUGGAGAUGCUGCAUGAGAUCCUGCUUCAGGCCCAGAGGGAGAACCUGACCAAUGGGGAUUAUGUCUUCUUUUACCUGGAUGUCUUUGGGGAGAGUCUCCGUGCAGGCCGGCCUUGGCAGGACAAUCGCACGUGGGAACAGGCCCAGGCCCUCAGAGAGGCCUUUCAGAUGGUAUUGGUCAUCACAUACCGAGAACCCCCAAAUCCUGAGUAUCAGGAAUUCCAGAAUCGCCUUCUGAUAAGAGCCCGGGAAGACUUUGGUGUGGAGCUGGCCCCCUCCCUGAUGAACCUCAUCGCCGGCUGCUUCUACGAUGGGAUCCUGCUAUAUGCCGAAGUCCUGAAGGAGACAAUACAGGAAGGAGGCACCCGGGAAGAUGGACUUCGAAUUGUGGAAAAAAUGCAGGGACGAAGAUACCACGGUGUAACUGGACUGGUUGUUAUGGACAAGAACAAUGACCGGGAGACCGAUUUUGUCCUGUGGGCCAUGGGAGACCUGGAUUCUGGGGACUUUCAGCCUGCAGCCCACUACUCAGGAGCUGAGAAGCAGAUUUGGUGGACGGGACGGCCUAUCCCCUGGGUGAAAGGGGCGCCGCCCUUGGACAAUCCCCCCUGUGCCUUUGACUUGGACGACCCAUCCUGUGAUAAAAGUGGCUCCAUUUUCAACUCUGGCAAUUGUGGCGCUGGGCACAGGGAUCACCUUCAUCAUAUUUGGUGUUUCCAGCUUUCUCAUCUUCCGGAUCGGGCUUGCCAGUCAACUGAGGUGUGCAGUCCUUACAGAAAACUGAUGCUGGAGAAGGAGCUUGCUAGCAUGUUGUGGCGCAUUCGCUGGGAAGAGCUGCAGUUUGGCAAUUCAGAGCGAUAUCACAAAGGUGCAGGCAGUCGCCUCACACUGUCACUGCGGGGAUCCAGUUACGGCUCGCUUAUGACAGCCCAUGGGAAAUACCAGAUCUUUGCCAACACCGGUCACUUCAAGGGAAAUGUUGUUGCCAUCAAACAUGUGAAUAAGAAGCGCAUUGAGCUGACCCGGCAGGUUCUGUUUGAACUCAAACAUAUGAGAGAUGUUCAGUUCAACCAUCUCACUCGCUUCAUUGGUGCUUGCAUAGACCCUCCCAACAUUUGCAUCGUCACUGAGUAUUGUACUCGUGGGAGUUUACAGGAUAUUCUGGAAAAUGACAGCAUCAACUUGGACUGGAUGUUUCGUUAUUCACUCAUUAAUGACCUUGUUAAGGGCAUGGCCUUUCUCCAUAACAGCAUUAUUGCAUUCCAUGGGAGUCUCAAGUCCUCCAACUGUGUGGUGGAUAGUCGUUUUGUGCUCAAAAUCACAGACUAUGGCCUGGCCAGCUUCCGAUCAACUGCUGAACCUGAUGACAGCCAUGCCCUCUAUGCCAAGAAGCUGUGGACUGCCCCAGAGCUACUCAGUGGAAACCCCUUGCCAACCACAGGCAUGCAGAAGGCUGAUGUCUAUAGCUUUGGGAUCAUAUUACAGGAGAUAGCACUUCGCAGUGGUCCUUUCUACUUGGAGAGCCUGGACCUUAGCCCCAAAGAGAUUGUUCAGAAGGUCAGAAAUGGUCAGCGGCCAUAUUUUAGGCCUAGCAUUGACCGGACCCAACUGAAUGAGGAACUAGUUUUGCUGAUGGAGCGAUGUUGGGCCCAGGACCCAGCUGAGAGGCCAGACUUUGGACAGAUUAAGUGCUUCAUUCGCCGCUUUAACAAGGAGGGUGGCACCAGCAUACUGGACAAUCUGCUGUUGCGCAUGGAGCAGUAUGCCAACAACUUGGAGAAGCUGGUGGAGGAACGCACGCAGGCCUAUCUGGAGGAGAAACGCAAGGCUGAGGCUCUGCUCUACCAAAUUCUACCCCAUUCAGUGGCAGAGCAGUUAAAACGGGGAGAGACUGUACAGGCCGAGGCCUUUGACAGUGUUACCAUCUACUUCAGUGACAUCGUUGGCUUCACAGCUUUGUCAGCAGAGAGCACCCCCAUGCAGGUGGUGACACUUCUUAACGACCUGUAUACCUGCUUUGAUGCCAUAAUUGACAACUUCGAUGUCUACAAGGUGGAGACGAUUGGAGAUGCCUACAUGGUGGUAUCUGGUCUCCCGGGCCGAAAUGGUCAACGCCAUGCCCCGGAAAUUGCUCGUAUGGCCCUAGCAUUACUGGAUGCAGUUUCUUCCUUCCGCAUUCGCCACCGACCCCAUGACCAGCUGAGGCUACGGAUAGGGGUCCACACCGGUAAGGUUAACGCUCACUCCAGCCCUAGUAUCCACCUUUCCCAGGCUCUCUCAACCUGUCUUCUCAUAGGGCCCGUCUGUGCUGGGGUCGUUGGCCUGAAGAUGCCCCGCUAUUGUCUUUUUGGAGACACGGUGAACACUGCUUCCCGAAUGGAGUCUAAUGGUCAAGCCCUGAAGAUCCAUGUCUCCUCUACUACGAAGGAUGCACUGGAUGAGCUAGGAUGCUUCCAGCUAGAGCUUCGGGGGGAUGUGGAGAUGAAGGGAAAAGGAAAGAUGCGAACUUACUGGCUCCUAGGAGAGCGGAAAGGACCCGCUGGACUUCUGUAAACCCCAAUUCUUUUCAAGUCAGUCUCCUGCUACUGGUACCUGGGUAGGCAGUGGCUAUCAUCUCUCCAUACACCAGACAUGGACACUGUCAUAUGGGAUGGAAACCAGCGUGCACAAAAAUCCUGUCUUAUAUGGAAGUUCUUGACCUUUGAAGCUCAGCCUUGUACAUAUACCUGCUCCUCUUUGGCCUGGUCCCCUUCUUCCCUACCUUCUGUAUAUAUCUGUAUCUAAACCAGAAUAUUUUGGUCAAAUAUAAAACAAACAAAAAAUAA